UCCGCACGAGGCCAAAGCAUCCCGCCGGGGUGUGAGGUGGAAGAAUUUGCCCCACCCCCCAUGACUGACUCGGGUCAUCCCGCAGUCUCGAAGGCACCGCCGAGUGGAUGAAUGCCCGAAGAAUGGCUUCCUUCAGCGCCUCGCAUUCCGUUGGACUCUCUCGACAAUGAAUGGAUGUCGGCUGGGUGUCGAGCGUCGUGUGAAAGACACGACGUGACCUCGGAGCCCGACGACUUUGGCCGCCGUUUGAGGAGGGGACGAGCUGGCGAGAUUUCAUUGACAUUCAUGGCUGUCAUUUAACACGUCCCGGCGUUGAGUUGUCGAGCCCCGCCUCCAGCCUCCCCGUCCCGCCCCCUCUCCGCCCUCCCCCCCGCCAUGGUGAUGUCCCGGGGCACGUCCACCUUCCUGGCUUGCUUCGCCGGCUUCUGGCUGGUGUGGGCCCUGGUGGUCAUGCUGUGCUGUUUCUGCAGCGUCCUGCAGCGCCGGCUCAAGCGCCGCGGCGACGCUCGCCUGAGGGAACGCUGUCUCCGGACGGUGGAGACGGAGACGCCGGGAUGCACUGCCGUCCCGGCCUUUGCGCCGCUUGCGCAGGCGUCGCCGGCACCGGUGGCAAUGCCCAUGACGAUAGCGCCGGCGCCGCCGGUGCCGCCGCCCCAGCAGCAGAUGCCACGCGACCCGCCGCCGGUUCCACUUCAGGUUUCUCAUCCCUUGCCGGAAGCAAACUGGGUUAGCGUUCCGGAAGCAGAUCUUCUUGAGAACCCGCCCUGUUAUGAGGAGGCGGUGCUAAUGGAGGAUCCUCCGCCGCCAUACGCCGAGGUCCUGGUAGAACCGAGAGUGGGCGGCGGCUACUUGAAACACGCCGCGCUUCGGGCGGCGCCCCCGCCCCGCCGGGACCAGCGGGACCCGAGUCCGGAGACACGCAAGCCCCCGCCGCAGUCGUCAUCGUGCGUUUUCCCCGAGCGGGGUUACUCCUCGCUCAUCCGUUUGCCUUCAUCGCAACGCUGGGACUCGCUGGGCCACUUCCUCUCCAACGUGGACUUGAAGCCGUUCAACCCGUACGACCCGGUGCCGCCGGGCGUCGCCACGGCAACAAUGCCCCGCCGCGACAUCAGGACUGGACGCGACGGAGGCCGGGCGCAAGGACUCCAGGUCGGGUUCUCCGGGGGGAUUCGGGGCCACGGGACACGAAGACUGGAGCGCACUUGUGGUCUCCCCGCCGCAUUCUCCCUGUUGGGACGGAGCACAGCCGUUUAGGAUCCCCUUUUUGGGUCCGGGGACCCCUCACAAGGGGGAAUUUACGUGCCGAACCCUGCCAUCAAGAGCGAAAAUCCCUAAUUGGUAGUUGCUUAGAAUCUUGAAAAAAAAAAAGCCAAAAAUAUAAGAAACCUCAAGGUUUUAAGAUAACAUUUAAGUUAAAUAACAUGAAUCUUAAAUCUUAUAUCUACGCCUUUUGUUAAUAGAAAU